AUCUGUUUCUUUGUUGCUCCUUGGAUCGAGGCAAAAAAACGGGAGCAAUAUAUAUCAAAGAUGGCGAUGGCCGAUCACGAGGCGGCGGACUCCAGCAGCGGCACCUCGCUCCUGGUUUGGGACUGCGGCAGCACGCUCUACGACUCCUACGAGCUCGCCGCCUUCACGCGCCAGCUCGACGCCGCCGUGCUCGCCUGCGGCCGGUCGCUCUCCAUGCCGCACCUCCCGUCCGCAGCACCGCCGCCGGCCGACGCCCAGCUGCAGGGGGCCGGCCCCGGCCGGCGCAGGAGGCGGGGGCGCCUGCCCGCGCUGCUCCGGAGGCUGUUCUCCAAGGUGCUGCGGCUGCGGCUGCCGGCCCCCGGCGCGGCGCGGGGCGCGGCCUACCGGACGGGGAACGACGGAGCCGGGUCGCCGUGGUCCGGCGCCCUGACGUCCAUCCCGGAGGAGCAGAGCUCCAGCAGCCCUGAGAUGGGGUCGUCGUCCCCAGUGGAGCCCGGCGCGAGAGCGCUGCGGAAGACGCAGUCGGAGCGAUUCAUCGGCGGCAAGACGGCGUCGUCGGUGGUGCAAUUCGAGGUCGUCUUGUAGAUAUAUGCAAGUAUAUAUUCAGUGUAUAGUAGUAUGUUUAGCACUGCUUGUAUAAAUUAUGGUGGCAGCAAAUUAAGUUGUUGUGACAUUAAGAACACGUUAUGUGCGAGAACUGCAUUCAUCUCUGCAGUGCUGCAACGUGAAGGCGCAAAAACUGGUUCUUCGGUUCUUCCCAUCUUCGAGUUUCCAGCGGUGUUCAGUGUGGAGAAACAGGUUAACGUUGAUGUUUCUGGUAAACUAUGGCCAUGAACUGAACCAAAAACUUCUUCUUUGUUGAAAUGAGUUCUUUUAGAGCCAAAAAUCUAUGAAUUAGGCCAUGUUGACAUAGGGAAAA